AUGGCUGUGCUGAAUGCACGCAGUGUCCUGGUGACUGGGUCCAAUCGGGGUAUUGGCUUGGAGCUGGUGAGGCAGCUUGUUGGGAAAAGCAACCGGCCCGAAUGGAUCUUUGCCACCUGCCGGGACCCAGAGGGACCACGUGCCCAGGUGAGCCACAGGAUGCACACUGGGAUGAGUACAGAAAUGAGGGUGGUGCCAAGACACUUGUGCCUCAGGCAAGUGCCCCAGGCAAGCUUGUUGCACUUCCCAUUCCCAGGGUCUGACUGCUUAAACACAAUUUAGUGGCCCCCUUGAGUGCUUUGACAACCCUUUCUUUUACAGAAUUAGGGAAGAACGAGUAGGAAAGAGAUUUGGUAUCUCUCACCCCUUGAUCUGAAGAACAUUUAAAGGAAGAAGUGAUUAUGCUAUUGAGGGUUGGCUAUUACAAGAACAGCUCAGAUUUUGAAACAAAUAACGUGAGUUAAACAUUACUAAAUAGUCGCUUCAGUGAGGAUUUUGUCUGUGUCAACGUGCUUACAAUUGCAAUGUUCGUUCGUAUGCAAUUGGAUUGGAAGACUGUGGAAAAAGAGCCUUACAACUUGUCAAAGAGGUAAUGUAUCAUUUAGCUUGCAGGUAGGGACUUAUAGUGGGGUGUGGGUUACGGAUUCCAAGCCCCAAGAUGUGUCUGAUCCCAAGGAAAGCCCCUGGGGUUAGGGGGUGGAGAUCCACCCUCUGAAGGAGACUCAGGUAAGCUCUCAGAAAUGCCUCCCUUUACCUCCCUUCCAGAUAUGCCCCCCUUGCUUCUCCACCUCUGUCACUUUCCCCUAUUAUGUACAAGCCUCCCCCUUCAGGCAAGGCUGGUAGAAGUAAAUCUGAUACUGAGCCAGCACCCACCCUGCUUCCGUUGCCUAGGACAGAGACACCAGUGCUGGCCCAUCCCGUCCUUCAAAAGGAAGGUGCACAAGGCAUGUCCCUUGUUGGUUCAUAGCUUGUGCUUAGCCAAGUCUUUAAUCUCUUAUGUAACCCACCGAUCCUUGCAACCUGUGACUAAUCUGAAAAUAAAAGCUAAAACCACGAGUUGCAGUUAAUUGGGUGGGGAGAGGCAAGCAACACUUAUGCAAUCAAAAUCAAAACCAGGACAAAAAUUAUUCAGUAGAUCUUUGUUUGUGGAACACAUAGAAAAAACAAGUACAGUGGUACCUCGGGUUACAUACGCUUCAGGUUACAUACGCUUCAGGUUACAGACUCCGCUAACCCAGAAAUAGUACCUCGGGUUAAGAACUUUGCUUCAGGAUGAGAACAGAAAUCGUGCUCUGGUGGCGCGGCGGCAGCAGGAGGCCCCAUUAGCUAAAGUGGUGCUUCAGGUUAAGAACAGUUUCAGGUUAAGAAUGGACCUCCGGAACAAAUUAAGUACUUAACCCGAGGUACCACUGUACUCAGUUUCCCUAGAUUCUUUAAUAAAAUGUGUGUUUGCAGCCUAAGCCUAUGUAUACACUAUACCUUUAAAGCACCUUGAAGUUCUCCCCCCCCCCCCCAAUUCUUGGCACUGAAUUUUGUAAAGGAGCUGAGAACUGUGGUUCUGUGAAGGGUAAACAACAGCGACCAGAAUUCUUUGUUUGGUGCUUCAAAUGCCUUUCAAGGGUAUAGAGUGUUCACAGCCAUGGCUUUAUCACCACUUCCUUCUUGAUUACCUAACCAAGGAGAGGUAUUUCAAAAGCAUAUCUUGUAACCACCUCCACUCUUGUGGACAGCAGGAUCUAGAAUCAAUCUAGACUAAGGAUACCAGAUUUUUUUCAAUGAAUCCAGCGACACUUUUCAACUUCCUGUUAAAUAAAUGGAUUUUGUCAGGGGACUGAUUUGUAAAUCCUGGGACUGUCCCAGGGAAACGGGGACAUCUGGUAACCUUAAUCUAGACUGAAAACUGUUUGUUAAGAAUGAAAAUGAAUUAUUCCAGAUUAUGGAAAAACUACAUUUUUGUGUUACGAAUGGGUUAGUGUGUACACAGCCCAAAUCAUCUACUUUCUUCUCUCCAAUUUUAAAUAAUCCCACCUCCAGGGCUUGAUGUUGCAUCCUAAAUCUAUGGUCUGUGCAUCUUCCAGGUCUUGAAGGAUUUGGCUGCCAAGCAUCAGGGAGUGGAGAUUAUCCCACUGGGUAUGUGUUUGCCCCCCCAUUGCCUUGCCCCCCUCUUCCCACAUUGCCAGAGACAAGAGCUGAGAUUCAAAGUCAUUUCGCAAGACUACUUUCCUGCAGGAUAUGUUCUAAAAAACAACUUACCUAAAUAUAUAAAAGUCAACUCCAUUGUCAACAGUUGCUGAGAGGCAUCCUCACACUGAGGAUUCAUCUCUUUUUCUUAACUCUUUCAUUUCCUUUCUGCCACAUCAAAUGAUGAACUGCAUGAUGUGAGAAAGGGCCAUUCUCCUCACGGACUGUAGGCGGAACCCCUAAACAGUCCGAGCACAAUCCAGUUCAGCUCUAAAUAGAGAGCAAAACUCAACAUCAUUGAGCCUUUCUAUUUGCAUUAUAACUUUCAGUUAUAUGACACACUAUUCCAUAUCUAGGCACCUUUGUACUCCUGGCAAUGACUCCACCUCUGAUAUUAUGAGUAACUUGUAGGUGUUGCAAUAUUGAGAAAAAAAUUGUUUUUAUACUAGUUCAAAGAGUUCUGGGCCUCUGCCAGAAGACUGCACCUUAAUCCUUCGUGGGAUUGUUGCUAUUGGGUAGCUGUGCAUUGCCUUUAGGCAGCUACAGCUACUGAAGAAAAAAAAUAUGUGAAUAAACAUGCUAUUUCAUGCACCCCAGUCUCUGAGCAAUGAGAGACUCCAGGUGUUCCAGUGCUUUCCUGGGAUUUGCUUUUCUUGGAAUGAAGGUCAACUAAAACUGCGGUGCCUUUGGGGUAUAUGGUUUUAUUUUAUCACACAUAUAUACAACUUGAGCAUAGGAUGGAUGGGCUCACAGUGUUAACACUCCACAGAUCUGGCCUCCCCAUUAGGUUUCCAGGAAGAUUGUCAGGGCACAUCUUUGGGUCCAGUGAAGAGCAAGGCAAGCCUCUGUCUCCAGCUUCCAGUAUCAACCAAAACUCUCUCACACAAAGAGCUUCCCUUGGCCUAUUGUUCUCCAUCCAUUACUGAAUUGCAGCUGGCAGCCUUCUCAAUGAAGAACCUUCCAGGCUGACUUUGCCUAUCCUAGGCUCUCUAUUGUCACUAAAGGCCAAGGGUGCCCAGCUGUGGUUUAUUAUGUUCAUUAUCUUUGAAAGUGCAUGUAGUUCUUAAAUCUUUUCCAACAUGGGCUUCUUAUAUUUAACACAGGUAACUUGCACCUUAUGUGUGCUUAACAUGCGCAAUUUCAACUUUAUGUGAUUGAAGGCCAGCUGGUUGAAAUCACACAAAUUAAAUGCACAGAAGGCAGAGAUCUUAAAAUCUCUUUUUGUGCAGGGUUUUCCCAGCAUGGAAAGAGCUUUUAAGCUCUCAGACUUGCCUUCUGGGUGGAGGUUAUACUGUUUAGUGUCCUGGCUCCAAAUGUAAGGUUGCUUGCACAGAGGCAGCUCCAAGGGUGUAUAUGUGUUUUUGUGUAUACACAUCAUCCCUGGAAUGUAACCCCUGCAUAAAAUGUGAGUUACCUGUAUCUAUUGUCUUCCAGUUUCUGGCAAUUAAAUCUCAGGGGGUGGAAAUGGAACAAUAUUUGAUGCAUAUCAAAUUCCAAUUCUUCCUUCUAAAUAUUAUCAUAAGAAAAAGGCUUAUAAUGUGUUGAUUUGUAGUGAGAGAAAAAGUUGGACUUAUGAAAUUCUUCUCUUUGCUGCUGAAGACACUUCUGAGCCCUCUAGCGUCAAGGAUGCUGCAACCAGAGUCACUGAACGGCUUAAAGGGGUUGGGCUGACCCUUCUGAUAAACAAUGCUGGAAUUGCAAGGAGAAACUUAGUUAUGGAAGCUGAGACACCGGAAGACAUGUCUGAAGUGUACAAGACCAAUGUGAUUGGGCCCAUGAUGGUGAGCCAGGUAAGGCUACCUGGUUGUUCCUCCUUCACAGAAAUUUCUUGUCCUGUUGCAGAUCCCUUAAUGUUGGAGAAGUAGGUGGCCUGAUGUCACUGCUUCCUGGUGAUGGGGUGUUCUGCAGCUGUGCCUUUUUCAUGGAGAAAGGAUAUGGAACUAAGCUUGUAAUAGCUGCAUGAGUGAAUAAUAUUUAACAGUGCAACCUUCGUGGUAAUGGAGGUGAUGGGGGAAGAUUGAACCUGUUGAAGUAGCAGUUGUAGCUGUUAUGUGCCCCCUUGGCUCAGUGCCCUGUGUGGAGGGAACUGCCUGCACUACCCUAAAUCUGGCACUAUGGCCAGUCUUCUCUACAGCAUGUGCUGCUGUGUGCAAUUCUUUUCUCUCCUUCUCCAGGCAUUCCUGCCCUUGCUGAGGAAGGCAUCUCUGGAAAGCCCCCAAAAUGGGAUGAGCUGCAGCAAAGCUGCCAUUGUCAACAUCUCUAGUGAUGCUGGCUCCAUCACAAAUCUCUUCCUGUGGGAGAAUGCACAAGUUGUCAAUUACCGUUGCAGCAAGGUAUCAACACAUCACAGACAAGUAGUCAGUUUUGUGCAGUGUUCUUCAACCUUGGGACUUCAGGUGCUGUUGGGCUUACAGUGCCCUGUGCAACACUAAUAUCCAGCAGGCCCCACCACCUCUUGCCUUCCAUUGGAUGUCAUUGCGGCGCCUAACGUUCUGCACUCGGUGAACUGAACUGGUCAUGCUCCCCUAGAUACAUCUUUGUCUCUGACAAUUGAAUAAGCAGGCUGAGGAUUAUAGGAGUUGUGGUCCAAUAAAAUCUGUGCAUCCAAUUUAAAGAACACUGGUUUAGUAGUCAGUUAUCCAAGGGGCAUGUUUCUUUUGCCUUGAAGGUGCUGGCCAGGUAAUUAUACAUUUUUAUAUAAGUAUUUACAUAUCUCCUGACCUUCAUGACUAUGCGCCAGUCUCCAGUUGGCUUUUUUUGGGGGGGAGGGGAAGUAUCUCAAGAACCAAGAGGCUAGACAACCGCAAAGACUCAUGAAUGAACAUUAUUAUCUGGCCCAUUUUUUGGCCCAUUUUGGAACACUGCAUUGGCUUUCCUGGCUGACUAUCUUAGCGGGGUGACUGACAGAGUGACUAUUUUGAUGCUUCUGGAUAUUUCUGUUUUUUUAUGAUAUUGUUGGUAUUUUGCUUAAAAGACAAAUAAGUUAAGGUAUAAUCAUAAAAAGAGAAUUCUCUGGAUCGCUAGAUCCAGGUUUGGGGCAAGUACUCUUUGGUUAGAGAACCCCAGCAUGGAUUUAAAAUAACAAAAUAUGCAGUAACGUAAAGCAGGGAAAUAUAGCUUGUUAGACCUUUAAAAUACCCCCUUCUAAGUUGCUUCCAAAGUUCCCCACUUCCUUUAGCAUAGAAAAGACCAAACAUUUGGUAAGUUAAAAAUGGUUUACUUAUAACCUCUUCAAAGGUCAGAUUCAUACAGCAGUAAUAACACACAGGAAGUGAGAAUUAGGUUCCUAAGUGGUGAGAGUUUCUAAAUUAUUUGUAUAGAAACACAAAAGGUGGCUUGCUUAAGCCACACAGUCUGAGCUUGGAGCAUCCAGCUUAGACCUCCUGACUAGUAAGUGGAAUGGGUGAAAGUGGGAGAACAAAGAGCUUGAUAACCCUUCCUCCCAAGGACUGACCUAGCUAAGCCUGGCAGGACAAGUUUCCUAAUCUAGGGAAGCUCAUAGCUGGUAAACCCACUGUAGAUGAAAAGUGGUACAACUAGCCACAGAAACCACCUGUGUCUUUCGUGAAGGACUACAUUGCAAAAUCUACAGAAGUGCAGCAUUUCAGUUAAAUAUUGGUUUGGGAAAUGGAAAUAAGAUUGGUUCAAAUUAAAAUACAAAAGGGGGAAAAGGUAUCCCCCAUCCUUAGCUGUAUCAUUCAGCUACAUGCUUCUGGUAUGUCUCACUCUUAGGCUGCCCUGAAUAUGCUGACGCGGUGCCAGUCCCUGGGAUAUGCUAAUGACAAAAUCCUGUGCAUUGCACUGCAUCCUGGGUUUGUGGAGACAGACAUGACAGGUGGAGGGGUAAGUUAUUUGUGUCAGAAUCAGAUCACCAUACAAAGAGUAUUGCAAUUAUCUAAUUCGUUUGGCCUACAUUGAAAUAAGGGUCAGGAUGGAUAAUGAGUUUAUUAACUUGUUUGUAGUUUCAAAAGAAUUUUAAAAGACAUUCUCUAGUAAUAUUAAAAUAAAAUUAAAAAUAAGAAAGCCUUUGGUCUGAUGAUCCAAUCCAGCAAGAAAAUGGUCACACACACUGGUGGGCUACAAUCCAGCAUUGUGUUAGGAAUGCUUAAGCCAUUUAAAAUUUCAACUCUCUGCUGAAUUGUGGCUGGAUCCACAACUCUGACCAGAAAGAUGCCCCCGAUAAGUCAAGAAUCAGUCUAUGGACUCAGCUACAUUCAUCACAAUAAUGUGAUUUGAAUGUGUUUUAAACAUGCAACAUCAGAUAGUGCCAGAGAGUGAGAAUUGUUUAACUUUCAUUAGAAUUUGUUUAUUUUGGUGAAAACAAUCUAAUUUCUGACUCAUUUACAGUGCUGUAUUCCUGUGUUUAAAAGGGACGCGGGUGGAAAAGGGUGGCACUGUUGGUUAAACCACAGAGCCUAGGACUUGCUGAUCAGAAGGUUGGCGGUUUGAAUCCCCGUAACGGGGUGAGCUCCCGUUGCUCGGUCCCUGCUCCUACCAACCUAGCAGUUCGAAAGCAUGUCAAAGUGCAAAGUGCAAGUAGAUAAAUAGGUACCGCUCCGGCGGGAAGGUAAACGGUGUUUCCGUGCGUUGCUCUGGUUCGCCAGAAGUGGCUUAGUCAUGCUGGCCACAUGACCCGGAAGCUGUACGCCAGCUCCCUCGGCCAAUGAAGCGAGACGAGCGCCGCAACCCCAGAGUCAGUCACGACUGGACCUAAUGAUCAGGGGUCCCUUUACCCUUUACCUUUACUUUAUUCCUGUGUUUAAAUCCACCCUGUGAAGGUAAUGCCAAUUCCCUACUAUUUAUUUCCAGAGCUAAUUGUCUGGACAAGGGCUAUUGUGGCUGAUAGCAACUGACAAGCAUUAAAAGCAUACAGUGUUUCCUGACUAUCAUCAUUUUGUGGGAAGGAUUCAAGCACAUCCCAGAACUCUUAGUUCUGAUUAACUAAAGCGAAUGAAAGGGUUCUGUUGUUCUUGUGAAACAUAAUCCCUUUUUAAAAAAAAGAAUCUGAAUGUUUGUGGUUUGGAAAGUGAUGGGGAGGUGUAUUCAAAAGUGUGUGAUGAAUGAAUGAAUAACUGUUGGGAAGACAUCUGCAAAGGAACAAUAUUACCAAGCUGAAGGGUUGGGCUUUGGUUUCAAAGUACAGAAAGUACAAAAGGCCAUUUGAUUUAGCAUUUGUUUUUCAAGGUAGUUAUUGACAGAAUAAAGUCUAGCCUGGUCUUGCUCAGAACUAAGUUCCUAUUGCAUUCAAUGGGGCUUACUCCUAGGUAAAUGGGGUUAGUGAUUGCAGCCUGAUUAGCUGGAGUGGGGAUAUUAGAAGUUCGUUAAGAGGAGGGGAAGAAGACAAGGCAAGGUAUGGCAGAUCUACUUAGGAGUAUGCUCAAGUGAACACUAUGGGAGCUGACUUUUGAGUAAAAUAGUAAGGAAGGGAAGGGAAAAGAAAAUUUCUAGUUGACUUCUAGAAGCCUUUGGUGUUAUUGUCAAAUGCUUGUGGAGCUCAAGGUGGUACGUGUGGUUCUUCCUCUCCUCAUUUAAUCCCCACAAUAACCUGUGACAUAGGAUAGGUUGAGACGCAAUGAGUGGUCCAAUGAUCUUCAUGCCCAAGUGGGGAUUUGAACCCUGAUCUCCCAGGUCCUAGCCUGACACUCUCACCAUUGCACCACACUGGGUCAUUAAUGUCUUAUUGGAUCACCCUUAUCCACAGAUAUAGAGAGCAGUCAUCCAGAAUGCUUCUCUGUUUGUGUUUGAUGGACGGUGCGUGAAUGUUGUCCCCUGUACUCUCAGUUGAUGUUACUUAUGUUUUUUGACACUCUUUUUUCUUUUCUUUUCUUUUACUCACAAGUCCCUGUGUCACUGUUCUUUCUUUCCAGUUACUCUCAGUGAAUGAGAGUGUGCAAAGCAUCCUGAAGACCCUUUCCCAUCUCUCGGAGAAAGACACUGGGACUUUUGUGAAUUGGCAGGGGGAUGUACUUCCUUGGUGA